CGCGCCGGUCCGUCCCCACUCACUCCCACUCUCCCUACUUCACUGCCGCGCCGGGCCGCCGACGAGGCACCUGCGCCUCCUCAGCCCCCACCACCAGAGCAGCGCGGAGGCGAUGGCGGGAGGGUCAUCGUCGUCGUGGGGCCUGAGCCCCGCGGCGGUGACGGCGCUGGUGGCGAUGCUCGGGCUCGGCGUCGCGGCAUACAUCGUCGGCCCGCCGCUCUACUGGCACGUCGCCGAGGCGCUCGGCCGCUCGCCGGGUGCCUGCCCCGCCUGCGCCUGCGACUGCGACGCGGUCCCGCUGCUCCAGCUACCCGAAGACUGUGCCAAACAGUUCAAACAGGUCAAGAGUCGUGCUUCCAGUGAAGAAACAGAGUUACUUAUAGAAGAGCUAAAGCAGAGAGAGGAGGAAGCAACGGAAGCUCAGCAACAAGCUGAUGUAAAAUUGCUCGAGGCAAAAAAACUAGCUUCGCAGUAUCAAAAGGAGGCUGACAAAUGCAGCUCAGGUAUGGAUACAUGUGAAGAAGCUAGGGAAAAGUCAGCAGAGUCGCUGCUCGGUCAAAGGAAAUUAACUGCUUUGUGGGAGGAAAGGGCUCAGGGACUCGGAUGGAAACCCAUGAAACCACACCGGAAUGAGUAAUGAACACUGAAGGAUGGUGAUGGAUACGACAUGCCAACCAAUAGAGAUCUCAUUACAAACAAGCUUCCUCGGUGAUAGAGGUAAGGAAAAAAAAAGGUUUCACUUCUGGUGACCUUGUCUCACUUUGUGCCACGACGAGCUCUCCUGUCCAUAGUUAAUUUGUAUUCGGUUUGUAGGAUACGUGCAUAGCUGUUUGUCAACGUUAUGUUAUAAUGGCCGUAGAUUGACACUCAUCACCUGUAAGUCUUGAAAGGGUGAUUAGUUUCUUGGUUGUGUAUGAAUGAUGGUAUUGGAGAAGGAAUUGCUCUUAUUUGUA